AUGGGUGGCGGUGAAUCACAAACUCGUUUACUUCAGUCACGAAUUGAUAGUUUAGAGAAACAUUUGCUGGAAAUCCAUAAUUCAAUCGCUUCUUACGCCACAAAAAUAGCCAAAACCAGAGACAGCGCCGACUUAGUGGCCACUAAUAUUAAAAAACUUGAAGACAAUGUAAUUAAUGAAAUCAGUCUUUACGGCGAAUUCACUCGAAAAGCAAAAAAAUGA